ACACGACACGGAGUGAAAUCCCUUAUCAAUCGCCUAUAUAAGCGUGGAGCGUUGCCUGUCGUUUCAGAACUGACUUUCAGAGUAACUUGACAGUGUGCAGUGUUGAUACAACUUCAAAAUGCCUGAUCCUUGCUGUAACAAGAAAUGCGUUUGUGCCGAGGGUGGCUGCAUGAAGAGCUGCAAGUGCACAAGCUGUAAAUGCUCGUCUGGCUGCGCGUGUCCCUCCAAGGAGGAGUGCGCGACGAGAUGCACGAAGCCAUGCAGCUGUUGCCCAUAGACGUGACUCGACUACUGCCUUCUGCAUGACCAAGCAACGAAAAUAUUUAUUCUUCUAUCUCUCGUAUGUUAUGACUGAAUUAUUGGAAUGUGUCUGAAUAAAUGAAAGAAUGUAAAAAGGUGUUUUUUAAUUCUCAUUCUAUUUAUAAGAUCUAUGUUCCUGCCACAAACAUUUAUGUUUGUGAGGGAGAAGGAAAAGCAAGAGAAAGAGGGAGAAAGAAAAUCGUAUGCUAUGACUGAAUUAUUCGAAUAUGUUUAAAUAAAUGGAAGAAAGUGUGAAAAGGUGUAUUGAUUUUGUGUUGUAAUUGUCUAUUUGUAAUGUAUAUAAAAUGUGUGGCAGGAAUGUGGAUAUGUGAGGGAGAAGGAAAAGACAACGAAAGAAUCGGACAGAGGAAGGGAGCGAGAGAGGCCUUUGAAAUGUAUCACAUUUUACAAUGAUUUUAUUC